AAUAACCUUUAACGAUAGUACAUGGAAAUGAAGCAUGAUUUUCCAGUGAAUUCCGACAGUUGAAUGUUGACAUAUGAGAGUAGAACAAAAUUAUAAUACAAUUCUUACCAACUUUUAUUCCAAAGCUUUUAUACCCUAAAACCUUUUUUAAAUAUGUAUAUUUUACGUAUUACCUUAUCAUUAACUAUAUUAAUAAGUGUAAAAGGAAAAGCGCACCACAUAAAACAUCACCAUGGUAGUCAUCAUAGACAUUACAAUGAAUGUCCUUGUGGUGAAUCUGAGAUCCUUGAAGGGCGUGUUAUUAAUGGAGAAGUAGUUGAAGAUUACAGAAGCUAUCCUUGGAUUGUCGGUAUAUUAUUUACGAACUCAGUAAAGAAGCUACCAUGGGGUGGUUGCACAGGAGCUUUAAUUUCUCCAACAUUUGUCUUAACCGCAGCGCAUUGUUUCUCUCCUCAAACAAAAUCUGCAAUGUGCGGGGUGCUACCCUUCCUGUGCAAAACAAUAAUACCAACAGUACAAAUUGGAUUGUUAGGUGAAAACAAAUAUCAACCUGCUAAAAUAGUACCAGUGAAACGGAUUAUAAAUCAUCCUGAGUUUGAAUUGUCAACAUUUAACAAUGAUAUAGCACUUUUGGAACUACAACAUUCCAUCCCUUGCACACCAUACAGCAAACCAAUUUGUGUCAAUCCACCUAAAAAUAGUAUUACAUUGGGCAAGAAACUACAUAUUGCUGGUUUUGGCGAAGUAUCAAGGCAUUGCAAGUAUAGUUUUUCCAUGCACCUAUCUCUUUACAAAAUGCACUGA